AGAAUGAAUAGAGGAAAUUGCUCCUCCAUGACUGAAUUCAUUUUUCUUGGAAUCACCAACAACACUAGGAUGAAAGUAACCCUAUUUACCGUGUUUCUGGUUGUUUAUCUCGUUAAUCUUCUGGCAAAUCUUGGAAUGCUCAUUUUAAUUAGAAUAAAUUCCCAGCUGCACACACCAAUGUACUUCUUCCUCAGCCACCUCUCUUUCUGUGACCUCUGCUAUUCCACAGCAGUUGGGCCCAAGAUGCUGGUGGACUUGUUUGCCAAGAAUAGAUCAAUCCCUUUCUUCGGCUGUGCUCUGCAAUUCUUGAUCUUCUGUAUCUUUGCAGAUUCUGAAUGUCUACUGCUGGCAGUGAUGGCCUUUGAUUGGUACAAGGCCAUUAGCAACCCCUUGCUCUAUAGAGUCAACAUGUCCAGCAGGGUGUGCUCCCUGCUCAUGGCCGGGGUUUAUCUGGUGGGAACGGCAGAUGCUUUGAUACACACAACAUUAACGUUCCGCUUAUGUUUCUGUGGGUCAAAUGAGAUUAAUCAUUUCUUCUGUGAUUUACCACCACUUUUCAUCCUUUCCUGCUCUGAUAUACAGGUCAAUGAGUUGGUGUUAUUCACCAUUUUUGGCUUCAUUGAACUGAGUACCAUUUCGGGAGUUCUUAUCUCUUAUUGCUAUAUUAUCCUGUCAGUCUUGAAGAUCCACUCUGCUGAGGGGAGGUUCAAAGCUUUCUCCACCUGCAUCUCCCACCUAAUCACUGUGGCAAUUUUCCAGGGAACUAUGCUCUUCAUGUAUUUCAGGCCAAGCUCUUCCUACUCCCUAGAUCAAGACAAAAUGUCCUCGUUGUUUUACACCCUUGUGAUUCCUAUGUUAAAUCCUAUAAUUUAUAGCCUGCGGAACAAGGAUGUGAAAAAGGCCCUGAAAAGAAUGGAAACUAAUAGAUGGUUUUAA